AUGUAAGUUUCCCUUUUUUUCCUCCAAUUCUGCUAGGAUGCUUUAUAACUCGGUUUAUUUUGUUAUUGUAGAAUGCGAAGAAGGUUGGGAAGCUUAUGGGGACAAAUGUUUUAAAAGGUUCGACGAAAAGAAAUCAUGGGAAGAUGCAGUGGCGGCGUGCAAAGAAAACUCGGCUCAUCUGACUAAGAUUGAAUCAAAAGAGGAAAACGCCUUCCUACUAAAAACAUUCUUGCAAAUUCCGCCCGGUGAGGUAAUGAGAGAAGCGUGGAUCGGACUCACGGAUAAGGAAAAGGAAGGAACAUUUGUCUGGACAGAUGGUACAGAUCCAGAGUACACGAACUGGGCGGAUAAACAACCUAAUGAUGAGGAUGAAGAGCAGGACUGUGGAGAAAUUGCGAAUGGAGUGUUUUGGCCUGGCGGUCCACCACAAAUAGGAGUUUGGAAUGAUUUCCAAUGUGGCAACGAAUUAAUGUAUAUUUGCAAAAAGAAUGCUUUGAGUUAAUACGCGCUAUAAGGGCAUUUGAAAAGAAUAAAUUUUAAAAUCCUAAGGAAAAGACUUAUUUUUCUGUGUACGUUUUCUCCCUUCAAUCUACAAACAAAUCCGAAAAAGAAAUAAUAAUAUAGCUAGGAAACAUAUACUUUUUUUUUUACUUGUUGUACGUAGAGUGGAAUCUCGAUAUAGCGAAGGG